AUGUCGCCAGAUCGGACCAACUUCAAGAAGUAUCUCCUUUUUGACGCCACCGAGAACAAUUACAUCUUCUCCAACCGACUUCGCGUUCACCGCGGGACAUGUUUAUAUGCAGACUCCCGCCGGGGCAGCUCCUAUAUUCAUUCCCAUGCAUGCAUGAUCCAGCAGCGGGUCGAAUUUGGCAUUGAAACCUGCAAGCAGAAUCCCGCGGUAAUUUCAGCUACCCCAUCCCGCGAGGCUAUAUCUGGAUUUGAGCCGAUGGAUCUUUUUCCGAACGUCCUGAGAAUUCAGCUGUUAUCCAAUCAUUUGGCAACAUGGUAUAUCGAACACAAGCACAAGCGUCGUGGGAAUACUGGGCCGGGUCAUUUCCAACCCGUCGGGAUAUCGAGAGGAGUUGCUGAAGUUCGGAACCCCUCGCGGGUAGCUGACGAGGCUCCAUCGACGCAGCAGCCGAAAAGGAAAACCAACGAAGCCGGCAAGUCCCGCAGCACGUCGGCAACUUCGCACCAGUCCAAAUAUGGUAAUACGAGCAUCGAUAUUGACGUCCGCAUCAAGGUUACCGGCCACCGUGUCACUGCUACAAACCUCAUUUGCGGGUUUACGUAG